AUGUUUGCCGGCAGCGGUGAAGAACAGGGGAAGCUUUAUAAAGAUAGAUUCAAUUAUGCCUCUUUCGAUUGUGCCGCAACUAUAGUAAAAACGAAUAAAGAGGCCAAAGGUGCUAAUUCCAUUCUUCUAGAUAACAAGGAUUCCUAUCUAUUGAAUGAAUGCUCUGCAUCGAGUAAUUUCAUAAUUGUCGAGCUAUGUGAAGACAUUCUUGUCGAUGAAGUUUUGAUUGGCAAUUUCGAAUUCUACUCCAGUAUGUUCAAAAAUAUAAAAAUAUCUGUGAGUGAUCGUUUUCCUACCACUCAUUGGAUAGUCUUAGGUGAAUUUCAAGCUGAAAAUGUUAGACAAUUGCAGACGUUUGGCAUAGAGAACCCAUUGAUUUGGGCCAAGUUCAUCAAAAUCGAGUUUUUGACUCAUUAUGGGAAUGAGUUUUAUUGCCCUAUUUCCUCAGUUCAGGUGCAUGGAACGACAAUGAUAGAACAAUUUAAAGAGGACAAUCCGGAUAAUGAAGAAAAGCCUGACUCUGAAUUAAUCUCAACUACUGAAGAAGUUAACGCUAAGCCCAACAGUCUAGAUUCCUAUCAAGAAUCUCUUCCACAUGAUCUACCAAAUGAUACACUUGCCAACAAAAUGGAAGGGGUCACAUCUGAAGAACAAUCUAAAGUUGUUGAAACACAACCCCACACUCCAUCCCCUAAAGUUCAGCCGCAAGAUUCAAUCUACAAAAAUAUUGUAAAGCGAUUGAGCUUAUUGGAAUCUAAUACAACCUUGUCAUUGUUGUAUAUUGAAGAGCAGUCUAGACUGCUUUCCGAUGCAUUUACAAGCUUAGAGUCACAGCAAGCAGUUAAAUUCCAAAAUAUUCUGUCUCAGUUAAAUUCCACAAUACAGUCACAAAUGGAUAUAUUCCAAAAAUUGAAUGUGGAUGUGUACACUAGUUUUUCCAGAUUAUUUGAAUAUCAACAGCAAAAUUUUGAAUCCAAUAAUGUGGAGAUUUCAAAGCAGCUAAGUCAGAUUCACAAUAUGAUUUCAUUCUACCGAAACUUGACUUAUUUUUGCUUGUUGACAAUUAUCCUUCUGUUCUUCUAUAUUUUACUUACCAAAGAUCUUUACAUU